CUUUUUGUCUCACGGGAUAAACAAAGCGGUAUGUGCUUGAAUAUUAAAUUAGGCACAUGAAGUGAGCAGGGCAGUGUUUGCGUGACUCUAGAAAGCGUAGAAUCCUCGGAAUGGCGUUGAGCAGAACAAGUCUGGUUUGUGGUAGACAGUGUCUAGAGAAGGUGAAAAAUAUUGCGCGGACAAGCGCAGCAGCUUCCGCAGGUCGAAUAAACGAAACAAGAUCGUGCGAGUUCAGAUUAAUAAGUUCCAGUACAGUGACAUAUGAAAAGUUAGCCCAAGCUAAAGUGGUCCAAAAAUAUGACUGGAACAGGGCGGUGAGUGAAGCGGAGAAGAUUGUAGGAUAUCCAACUUCUUUCCUUAGCCUCCGAUGGCUGCUGAGUGACGAGAUUGCAAAUGUAGCGCUUCACUUGCGCAAGCUUGUGGGCAGUAAUCAUCCGCUUCUGAAAAAGGCUAAAACCUUCAUGUACAACGAUAAAAACCAACAAGCGUGGGGUCUGAUUGUGCUGCUCGUGUCGAAGGCUGCCGGCUGUGCGACUUCCAUUCCGGAAGUUGAGCAGGACAAAAGUGCAGGAGUAUUGCAUUCACAGCGUGCCCUAGCGGAAGUUACGGAGAUGAUGCGCACCUCGCAUCUCAUACACCAGGGGAUGAUCAACUUGCAAACGAUGGACAAUGCCGGUAACAACCUCAGUGGAGAAAGUGAUAUGAUUUUUGGGAACAAAAUUGCCCUGCUCGGAGGAGACUAUCUGCUGGCGAGCGCUUGUCAGCAAAUUGCCAAUUUGAGGAAUCAGGACCUGAACAUGCUGAUAUCUUCAGCGUAUCGAGAUUUAACUGAAUCGAACUUCAUUGGUGACAGAGACGAGCAGAACAAUCCUCUACCAUCGAAACCGAACUCAUUGAUGGGCGGAAGCACCACCCCGGAUUGUAAACUAGAGGAGUUGGAUUUCGGUGAUCUGGCAAAUAACACCGAGCCGAUGACCAUCGAACAUGUACUGGGAAACCCCGAGAAAGAGUGGUCACUCAGGCAUGUGCUCGGUGGGGGAAGUCUUCUGGGUAAAAGUUGUCAAGGUGCUAUGAUGCUGGCCGGGCAGUCGGAGGAAUUACAGAAGCAAGGCUAUCUGUUCGGAAGACAUUUGUCGUUGGCUUGGCAAGCGUCCAUCGACUUACAGCUGUUUCUACUGGGGUCAUUGCCUCAUGGUGCUCAAUUCAGCCUCGUUUCCGCACCGGUUUUAUUUCACCUCGAGUACGAUCCGAGCAUUUAUGCGGAAAUCGAGAAGGGUCGAGCGCUGGUGGAUGACAUCGCCUAUGACGAGUUGCACCGUGUCAUCGCAAAUGGACCUGGUGUGGAGAAGACGAAAAAUCUCAUGAGAAAACAUAGUCACGCGGCAAUGGAAGUACUCGAGCGACUUUCCCCCUCAGAUGCCCGAACCGCGCUGCAGAAUAUUAUUCUUGCCAUGCAGGAGUUGUAACGUUCGUUUCAAAAAUCGAAGCCACA